AUGAUGAUUAAAACAUCUCUUGUUGUCUAUGUCUUUAUAUUUGGAUGUAUUAUCAAUGCUUCUCACUUCCGUGGUGGAACAAUAACAUCACGACCUUAUAAUGCUACUCCAUCAGGCUCGACUGUUCCUGUCAUUAUAAGAGAACGCUGGUCAUGGCGUCGUAGUGCAUACCCUCCUGUUUGUUCUCCUGCUACAAUUUCUGCCCAAAAUCCAAUGAUUGGUGCUGGCACCCUGAAUUGUGAAUCUACUAGUUGUCCUGGUUAUACAGCCAUGAGUAUAUCAGCAUACUGUACUGAUUAUAGUGUUCCACUUGAUGUCGCUUCCGGUGAAUAUUAUGCAACAUAUACAAUACCACUCAACGUUGCUUUUAGCAUUGGUUUUACGGGAGGUAAUUGGUUUGCAGCUCUUGCUGUUGGUAGUAAUGGUUACUGGUCUGUUAUUGGUCGAGUCAGUACCAUUCUUAGACCAGACGGCUUCUUAAAUACAAGUCCUGUUGCUGUUAGUCUUCCCAUUAUCUAUAAACAAAUCAAUAUUCAACAGGUUCACGUCGUUCAAAUGUCUGAUUUUGAUGGAACUGAUCUAUUAAAAUGUCGAUGGUCUACUUCAGCAACAAGUACUAUCAACCAAUACGAUGAAUGCGCAAAUGUAUGCAAUGGCAUACCAGGUGCUAAUCUUAUUGGAGUAAAUUGUACAAUUGUAUUUACGCUCACCACAGCUUAUUAUUACGCUGCAGCAGCAUUACAAAUUGAAGAUUUUUUUAAUGCUGCAGCAUUAUCAGCAAACACACCAAUGAGUUCUGUUCCACUUCAGUUUCUUUUCUAUGGUUAUCCAGCACCAACUGGUUGUGGUACUCCGCCAGCUAUCAUUGGUCAACGACCAAAUCGAGCUUGUAUCGGAGUAAUGCCGGGCGACAAUGUGACAGAAAUUGUCAUUACACAAGUUUAUUGUCCUGGAACGAGUAUUGUUGACACUGUUUCCAGUGUACCUAUUGGUAUGUCAAAAAGUAGUAUUCUCAAUCCGAGCACAAACAUAUAUGAGAUUAUCCUCAGUUGGAUACCCAUUUCCAGUCAGUACGGCCCACAAGCUGUAUGUUUUGGAACUGUUGAUAAUAAUAAUCUUCAAUCAAAUCAAUGGUGUAUUACAUUUUUGGUUGGUUUUAAAUCACCUCAAGUCAUUCGACCACAAUUGGUUCAAGGCUCAGCUUCACCCAUUGGUACUGUCUUUCAGAAUCAAACUACCUUCUCUAUUCAAACUUCUAUAUCAGUCAAUCGUCCAACACUUAAUGGUACUAAUAUUUACUUUUGGGAUUCUACUCUCGGUGGUACACUCGUCCAACAAUAUGAUUGUGGUUGGGCACCUGAAGUCACAUACACUGGCUUUACAAUUAUCAUACGUUUUCCUGUCGCGCCAUGGUUACCUGGACAUUUCUAUUAUGUUACUAUGGAUAGUGGUGUUGCUAGUGGAACAGAGUUUUGUGGUCCCGAAUCGGCACCAAUCACCGAUCCCACGUUUUGGGUAUUCAAUAUCUGGAAUCCUGCACUUUCAUCAACAACGACAACGACUACAACGCCAUUUACAACUGCAACCGUUACGACGAAACCAACAUCAACGACAAGUAUCAAUACUCUUUUAACAACUACGGGCAUUGUGAUCACAACUACAACACCUCCGACUACUACAGCAACAACGUCAACGACUGCACCUCCAACUACAGCUGCUCCUACAACCACAGGUCCAACGACAACAGGUGUGACAACUGAAUCAACAGUUGCUGUUUUGUAUCCAAAAGAUUUUGAACUUAUUUGCCUUGAACCAAUUGCGAUUCUGAAUACUGCUCUUUUUACUGCAUUAAUGCCUAUUCAAGGAUUAGUUCUUUAUGCUGCAUUUACAAAAUUAUCCAAUACAUUUAAUCCAUCAAAGAUCAAAGCGCAAGCAAGACAUAAACAACGAAUGAGACGAAUUCUACAUUAA